UAUGACUCACAAGCUGCAAGUAACACUGCGCUCUCCGAUCUCCAAGAUGUCAGGCGACCCCCCAAUUUCCGGUACUCCUCCGUCGCCCGUAGACAUUCGCUCAAUAGCAGAACCUUCUGUCUCUCCCGAACAUACAUCAUCAUGUCUGGUUAUCUGUUCACCAACGGAACUUCCUUCCUCCCCCAAAAACAAAAUCUCACCAACUGAAGCUCCUUUCAAUCCACAACAGAUGACAACUGAAGAUUUCGAUAUCCCAGCACUCAGAAGCCGUAUGCAAUUUCAUGGGUGGAAAAGGAGUCUCUGGGAAGCACUUGGCCUGGACGAUGGCGACAGCAUAUGCGAUGCCCCAAAGCCCCCUUCCCUGGUUCCAAUCUACACAAGUCUUGUACCAAGCGAGGGCAGGUCUACCAAUAGGGUAGUCUGCGAAAUUGUCCUCCAAUCCCUGGAUCCAGUCUUCUUGAGCGGCCUGCAACUUCACAACCUCCUGCAUCACGAUGACGACCCAGAUUUUCUUCUCUACAUUAUUGAAGAGUAUCUACAGCCUUGUCCCGAACUCGCCGCCGACUUGAUACAGAAGAUAAUGACGCUGAAACUCACGGAUUUCGAUACAGUAGAUGAUUUCAUCUGCUAUAUAGAUUUCGUCAGAGCCUGCACCGAAGGUCACUGGGAGGUGAACGACAUGCAGAACUCUGUCACGACACUGUUGUUCUGUAACGCGGUUAGAAAGACGCACCCGGGUGUGUACCGAGAGGUGGCGCCUCUUCAUGCCCACUACAAUGUUACACAGUGGAACGUCAUGGUCGAGGAGUUGAAGAAGCUCAGGCCUAACUUCAAGUCUGAUUUCAUCAAGCUCGGAUACAUCACUAGGUGAGCUGGCAAGGAUGCGACCAUCUCAGUAUGUUCAGGUCAGGGAGAGCUUGCCGAAAGUUCUUCGGUUGAAUUACCAGACUCAUUUGACAUAGAGUAGCUUAUUUGGAUAUAAAAAGCAAAUCAAUUGAGAAAAUGCAGUUGCUCAACUUUUAAUCCCAUGACUUGCUGCCU